AUGCAACGAACUCUACACCCGCCACCAUUGGAUUCGCAGCUGCCUACCGAUACUAACUUGACUGCAUCUUUCAACAACUCUCAGACGCGCUUCACCGCAGAGAAGACGGGCGAUCACCACGCUUACGAGCUACCGUCUGAUGCCGAUGCUCUGGACUUCCUGGACGCUUCACGCUCUAUCAACACUGCCCAAUUGACUGCCAUUAUUCCUGUAUCGACGACAAGCCUCCAUACUCUCGCUGAAAGUAUUCCCGCCCUGCACACCAACUAUCAACUCGCAGAAGUUGUUUUACUGGUACUGGAGGAGGAUCUCGUAGCUGUUCGCCGGGAACUUCGUACAGUGAUGGACAAGCGACUUUGGGAGGACGCCAGUCUAUCGCUUACGCUGCGUGUAAGGGAAGGAGGACUCGUGGACGACGUUCUCAAGUCAGCCGCACAAUCUUCGAGCAAGGAGGUUCUCAUCAUGACUGGCGAUGCUACAGCCCCCCUGGAUUUGAAGAUGCUGGAUGUCACCUUACCAGCUGGACUCCGCGGGUUCCUCCAGGGUAAAUGUGUCACUCCCGCCAGCGCACAGCAAACUGUGGAUUACCUCGUACCGCCUCUCCUUCUGCCUGUACAGCUCGCGCGUAAACUGGAAGGUUGGGGUAUGGACUCUUGGUCGGCUUUGGGAUCGGGGAUCGCCAUGCUCCACGGCGGGAGCUUUGGCGGUAUCGUCUUGGCCGCAUCGGAUUCCCACUCCGAAGACGCAUGGUGCUCUGGUAGUUCUCCUGCAUAUCCGGUCGACGCGCAUUACUCGGAUGCCAACUCGCUUCUUCUCGAGGCGAACCAACUCUUCAUCCCGGUUCCGGCCAAUACGACGGCUGCUAGGAUCGCAAGUUUCGGCAUCGUCAUGCCGUCCAUCCACGACCUCAAGAGCUUCUCGCCUGUCAUAUGCGGACUCAAAGCUUCCGGAUACUCGGUCAAUGUUUUGUUACAGGCCUCAACGGUACUUCGAAGCGAAUCUGGCAACAUACAGACGGACUCUUGCAGCAUACCCUAUACUAUGGCCGACUCUCCCACGGGCGUUUCCUCUUGGGUUGAAUGCUUCGUGUUUGACGUCCUCAUCUCCGCAAUUGACGCGCACCACCUUAUACCGGCGGGACACGGGAGAUUCACUCUGAUCAGCAUACUUCGGGAAGACCUGCCUUAUAGCGACUGGAUGUGCACGCUUUCCUUGAAAGAAUGGCAAAACUGGAACACACCACACGUGGAACUGAGCAUCAUCACCGAUAGCCGGCCAACAUCUCUCGAACGUUUAUUCAACUCGCUACUGGCUGCACGCUACUACGGGGACUCGGUUUCUCUGCGCAUCAACGUCGAACAAGCUGCUGACGCGGAGACACUGGCGCUGAUCGAGAGGUACUCGGCUCAAUGGAUCCAUGGAUCUGUGUUCGUUCAUCAUCGUGUCGUCGCUGGCGGACUUCUGCCUGCUGUUGUCGAGUCUUGGUAUCCGUCUUCGAACGACUCGUAUGGGAUCUUGCUUGAAGAUGAUGUGGAAGUCUCGCCUCUUUUCUAUGCUUGGGCCAAGCAUGCGCUUCUGCGCUACCGGUACGGCGACGAGCGUAUGAAAGCCACCAACCUCUUCGGCAUCAGCCUUUACUCGCCCAAGAACCUCGAACUCCGCCCCGCCGGCCGCGUCUCCUUCGACGCCCACGCGGUCCUCGAAACCGCCGGCUACGCCCGCGACACGCCCUACCUCUCCCAAGUCCCCUGCUCCUGGGGCGCCCUCUACUUCCCCGAACACUGGCGCGAAUUCCACGCCUACCUCCCUCCGCGCCUCAAAGCCUCCAACACCGUCGUCGUGCCUAACGCCCGCAGCAACCGCUGGGCGCGCUCAUGGAAGCGGUUCUUCAUCGAGCUGGCGUACGUGAGGGGGUACGCGAUGUUGUAUCCGAACUAUGAGAGCGGACGGGCGUUCAGUACGAACCAUCUGGAGCAUGGGGCGCAUGUCAAGCCGUUACCGCCGAGAGAGUGGGAGAGGAAGAAGGCGCUUUUUGAGGUUCCGCUUGUUGGGUUGCCGGAGGCGGGUGCGGGGACGGGGUUGUUGGAUAUGCCUGGGGGUGGGCUGCCACGAUGGGAAGGUAUCCCGCUGUUGGAUCUGUUUGGGGAGGUUGUGGUUUGGGAUAUUGCGCUCGAGCGCGGGAUCAAGAGGAGGCGCGAGGUCUGGGGAUGUGAAGGGACUGGGAGGCCGUUUGACGCUAGGGACUUAAUGUGUGCAUAG